CUAACUCGGGUACAGGUUUAGGCUUCCAAACGGGGAAGGAAGGGGAAGCUCUGGUGGUUCCGACAUGAAUUCAGUCAUGGCGGAAAGUGCGACCGUCAUGCUCUCUUCAUUUUCCACCAUCUUCAGUGGGUCCUCCGCAUUUCCAUCCUACCCACGCUCUUCUAAGCUCUCCUUUCUUCCUAUGCGCCAUUUCCGGGGGACGCCCUCUGCUCCGACAUUUUUCAGGAUUUACGCCUUAUCAAGCAACGACAUCAAAGUGGGUACUAACAUUGAAGUUGACGGUGCUCCUUGGCGCGUGUUAGAGUUUCUUCACGUCAAACCUGGUAAAGGAGCAGCUUUUGUGAGGACCAAAAUGCGAAAUUAUAUUACUGGAAACACUGUGGAGAAAACUUUUCGAGCUGGAAGUUCGCUUGAUGAAGCAGAUGUAUUCAAGGAAACAAAACAGUUCACAUAUAAAGACGGUUCCCAAUUUGUCUUCAUGGACUUGAAUACAUUUGAGGAGAUUCGUCUUUUAGAAUCAGAAGUUGGAGACAGGAAGAAAUGGCUGAAAGAGGGAAUGGACUGCAAUUUGCUGUUAUGGAAUGGAAAAGUUAUUGAUCUUGAACUCCCUAUCACAGUAAAACUCUCAGUAGUUGAUGUGGAUCCAGGACUUAAGGGUGACACUGCCCAAGGUGGAUCAAAGCCUGCAACUCUUGACACCGGCGCUGUUGUGAACGUCCCGCUCUUCGUAAACAUGGGUGAUGAAAUAUUGGUGGACACAAGAACUGGACAGUACAUGAGUCGUGCUUAAGUUUUCUCCUUAAAUUUUGUAGUUCACCUCCAACGAUACGUCUUUCUUGAAUACCAAGGUCUGAUUUUUGCAGCUUAUGUAUAUUAAGCUUCGCAAAUUGGCAUGCACAUUCGCCGCAUCAUCGAGACGCGAUUGAUUGCAUUAAUUUGUUACUGAGAUGUAGGUCAGAAACCUCUUUUUGAGGCUAGUAGCUUAUGAAUUUGUAAACCAUGAUCACGUUGAUCCCAUUGAACUUUGCUUCCCCGUUUGGGGACCUAAAAGAAGAGCAGAACAAAGUAAAA